GGGUGGGGUGGAAGGAGUACGGGGCGCAGGAGGCGCUGCGAGGCUGCCCGCUGACCCCAGCCCCCCACCUCCGCAGCUAUGUCCUACCCUGUGACCAGCCAGCCCCAGUGCGCCAGCGGCUACCAGACCCAGGUCAGCGACUGGCACACGGGUCUCACUGACUGCUGCAAUGACAUGCCUGUCUGUCUGUGUGGCACAUUCGCGCCGAUGUGCCUGGCCUGCCGCAUUUCGGACGACUUCGGCGAGUGCUGCUGCACGCCCUACCUGCCCGGAGGCCUGUACUCCCUCCGCACCGGCAUGCGCGAGCGCUACCACAUCCGGGGCUCCGUGGGGCACGACUGGGCUGCCCUUACCUUUUGUCUGCCCUGCGCCCUCUGCCAGAUGGCGCGGGAACUGAAGAUCCGCCAGUGAAGAUGUUGCCCACCCUCCCCAUCCAUGUCCACCAGUCCCACCUGGCCUUCUCUGCCCCCUCCUGGCAGGGCCUGCCCUCUGCCCGGGCCCACACCCAGAAAUUCACCCACAAUAAAAACCUGAAAACCA